AUGUUAAAGGUUAAACAAGAAGAAGAUGAAAAAUUCAUCAAAUUCGCCGUCGGCGAAGACUAUGAAAGAGAACGGCGUGAACGAAUUGAACAGAAUCGAGAAAUUCUGGCAAAGUUAGGGUUAGACGUGGAGUCCUUACGACAACUCAAACCUCAGAAGGUGAAACCGAAGAAAGAAUUUCAGGUGACGACUCAAGAUAUGCAAAGACAACAGCCAACACGUCGAAGUCCACGCAUUCAAAAGAAGGCGAGUAGAAUUCAAGGUUCUUAA